AUGGCCACCACCUUCCCCAGGUUUCUUGAGCUUCCCUGGGAAAUCCAAGCUCGCAUAUGGGAACUUAGUGUCGAGCCUCGGACCGUCAAGGUUCGCAGAGUAACGGUCACGCGCGCCAGAUGCAGUUACCACGAAGGCCGCGGCACAACUUACGAAGUCGUCACGAGCACGCCGGUCCCGGCAGCACUGCAGACCUGCUACCAAGCUCGUUACAAACACCGGCUGUACCAACCAGUUUUUUCCGAGUUGGACAUUGUCAGAUCUUGCGAAGAGCGCCGAUAUGUCUGGCUGAACUUGGAUAUCGACACGGUCGACGCGGGCCUUUCCAACGGGCUCACUCUAUUCGAUUUUAAGAGUGUUGCACGAUCAAUCCGGCGCCUCAAGUUUGAGACGGCUGAGAUUAUGGUGGGCGAUAAAGCUGCCCUCCACGAAUAUUUCGUAAACUUGCAGGAGCUUCACAUAACCUCUUCGAACGAGAAGCUUCUUGAGCUGGCUACAAUGAGAAAGUAUUUAUCCGGCUUUUUGCCACGCUCUCUGAAGAAACUUUUUGUACACCAUACUGUGGGCGGCUUUACGCGCCAAUGGGAUGAGUCCGUGGGCGAUGAUGACCCUCAACAUAUCAGAUGGGUACGGGACAACAUCACGAGGACACGGUUGAAAGACUUGAGGGUGAAGGCAUUCAUCUUGAGCAGAUGGUAG